AUGUGCUUAUUAAUAAAAUGCCUCAAACGAUUGAAAAGUUCGCAGCAAUGGCUCAGUCGUCAAAGGGCAGAUCCAUACGUGGAAAAAGCAAAGAUAAACAAUUACAGAUGUCGUAGUGCGUUUAAACUAAUAGAAAUGAAUGAAAAGACCAAUAUUCUACAACCUGGGCUAACUGUUGUUGAUUUAGGAGCUUCUCCAGGUUCAUGGACUCAAGUUGCCGUGCAAAAAACGAAUGCUGAUGGUUCUGAUUCUGCAAAACCAAAAGGAAUGGUGUUGUCUAUAGACAAGUUACAAAUUUUUCCAAUAAAGGGUGCAACUAUCAUGAAUAAUGUUGAUUUCUCAACAAUAGAAGGACAUGAUAAGGUGAUUACAGCAUUAAAUGGAAAGCCUGUAGAUAUUGUAUUAUCAGACAUGGCUCCUAGUGCCACAGGAAUUCGAGAACUGGAUAAGGAUAGAAUUUUAGGUCUAUGUUAUAUGGCCUUAAGGUUUGCUGCCCUAGUAACAAGGAUAGAUGGCAACCUUUUAUUUAAAGUGUGGGAUGGUAAAGAAGUCCCUAUUUUAGAAAUGGACUUAGAACGUUUCUAUAAGAGUAUAAAAAUUUUAAAGCCAAAAGCGAGUCGGUCAGACUCAUCUGAGAAGUUUAUACUUGCUAGGGGCUUUAAAGGUAUUCAGAGGCCACUAGAAAACGGGCGAUGGGGAUAA